GUUAAUGUAGUAACUGCUUUGUUAUAAAGUCACAAUUCACCCAAUCAAUCAGUUAAUCUCAGAUCGAUGAAUAAACCAAUAUUUAAUAUUUGUUAUUUGUUUUAGUUGAAGUAUUAUCAUCUCUGGAUUUAUUACAUAUAUUGAGAAUAUUUUCGAAACUUGAAAGAUUUUACGUGAACAGGUCUUCUGCAACACCACAUAUACAAGUCAGUCAUCUCUUGUUUGAGAUGCAGCAUCAACAGGCUGCAAAAAUGCCGGUUGCAUUAAUGAGAAACCACCAGAUAAAGAAAUUUGGAGACUGUUUAGUUAAACAAACGAUAGAAAGCUGUCCCAAAAUCAAAUAUACUAUCAAGAAAUGUGGUGCAGAAAUAUCCUCCCCAAUAGAAUGGAAGAGGUGGAUUCCUGGAAUGGAAUAUACCAAAUGUAUUGUCAUAAAGAAUUUAUUGAUAAAGAUCCAGAAGUUUACGUAUGAAUUGCCAGAAACGAAAUACUUCUUAACAGCCUAUCCCAAGACCAUCAGCCUUAGCACUGGCACAUGCUUUUAUCUGCCAGUCACAUUUCAUCCACUAGAAGAGAAAGAAUACAAAGACAAGAUAAAGUUCUCUACAAAUGAAGGAACAUUUUUUGUUGAAUUAAUGGGAUUACUUCCAAAACAAGAAAUAAAACUAACAAAAUCUGUCAUAAUUCCAGUGUGUAGUGUUUUUAGCCAAACUACGUCUCAAGUGAAGGUAAAGAAUGUUGGAGAAGUUCCAGUAGAAGUUAGAUGGUCUGCUACUGAACCUUUUGAAGUACAAUGUUCUGAAGAAAUAUUGGCGCCUGAGCAGUCACAUGAAGUCACUAUCAUAUUUAAACCAAAGGCUGCAAGAAAAUAUGAAGGCGAACUUGUGUGCAGAUAUGGAACUGAACUGAAGAAAUGGAAGAUUUUAAAAGCAGCUGCUCAAGGAAAAUACCCUCACUUGAAGAUAUCUGCUGCUGGUUUGGGAUUAGAUUAUGAAGAAUCUCCAGAAGGAACACAGACAAACAUUGAUUUUGGAGUCAUUCCCAUUGGACAAACAGUGAAGAAACAUAUCACAGUAGAAAAUCUGUCACAUGCAAAUGUUGCAUUUAAAAUUGAUCUUCUGAAGACUCCAUCCAAGACAAGUUAUACAAAUGUGUUUCUGUUACCUGAGAAAAGUGGCGUCAUUCUACCUAUGAGCAAUUUCAACAUACCUAUUCAUUUCACUCCUGAUAUUGUUAAUUCACCAAUAAUUGAAUACUUCAAUCUGGUACCGCAUGGUCAUAUAUCAGGAAAUGUUAUCAAAUGUGUUGGCUAUUCAGAAGGUCCAACGGUUCAUUUUAGAUAUGGUCACAUCAAUUUUCAGAUUGCUAGGUUGGGUUCCAAAGCAAGAAAGACUUGUUCUAUUGUGAACAACAGUCAAGUUGCCAUAACUUACAAGUUCUUAAUUGACAAUGAAAAUAGUGUGUUUUCUCUAGAUAAAUCAUAUGGCUGUGUGCCUGCCAAAUCCACUGAGAAAAUUACCAUCGAAUUCACUCCACAGAGCCCAAUAGCUUAUUACAGAAAACUCAUUUGUCUUGUUCAUAACCAAGUGCCAAUAUUUCUGGAUGUUUUGGGAACAUGCCACAGUGCUCAGGUCAAGCCAUACUUCUUAGCAUAUAAACACAUAAGAAGUUAUCAGUACAAGGUCAGACAAGGUUUUGGAGCAUAUCCACCUGAUCAACUAAAUGAACUGGUUGAAAGACAUGUCACAGAUAUUGAUGCUUCCGGAAAAAUCACUGCUCCACAGUAUCCGAUGGCAGAAACCAAAGAUCCAAUGGAAAUGUUCUUCAACAGUAAUCCUAAAACUGAAGAGUAUACAGCCAAGGCUACAGGACCUGUCAUUACAUUGGACACCUAUGAAGUCAACUUUGGACGUCAUCUUGGACUAAACGAGUCUGUCGAAAAGGAAAUAGCAAUAACGAAUCAUAGCCUUGGAAAAGUUGUUACACAAUGGACAAACGGUUCCAGUUGUGCAUUUACUGUAAUCCCACUCAGUAUUGAAAUCCCAAGCAACAAAUCAGCAACAGUGAAAAUUAUUUUCACUCCUAAUCUACCUCACCUAUUCUAUGAAAAUGAGUUGGAAUGUUUUGUGUAUUUCAAGUGCUUACGAAGCUACCACAUAGCAAAGGAUAACACCAUGUGUCCACCAUUCUGUGUAACUCUAAAUUGUUCAGGAAAUACUUACCCAGUUCAACACCAAAUGUUUGUACCACAGUAUACCCUCCAAGAUUCAGCAGUCAUAAGGUUUCCUUCAGUUGACAUGCAAAGCUCAGGCUACAAGACACUGAUAAUUAGUAAUAAUGGUUCUUCACCUUUACUGUAUCAGUUUGAUAAAGACCCGAAUGGAAUCCUUAGAGUAAGACCUUCAAGAGGACUCAUUACAAAAGGACACCAAAUCUGUAUUCUGAGAUUCUCUCCACAAGAAAUUAAGAAAUAUCACGAAGAGAUAAAACUGUCCUUCAAUAAUUGUCAGAAACUUUAUCGGCUGGAAAAAACAAGCAAUCCUCUGACGGAGCGAUAUCCUGUCCAAAAGGUUUUAACUGUCCAUGGCUGGUGUGAAGAACCAGCUGUUCAACUUGACAAUGAUAAAAAGCUUUAUUUGAAACCAACAUGCAUUGGUACCAAAUCUGAAGCUCUAUAUUCGUUUAAGAAUGUAACCAGCAAAGUCCUCUGUUAUGAUUGGCACUGGCAGCAUGCAGACAGUGAAUUUAUAGAAGUAUGUUCCAAAAGUGGGAGAGUGUUGGCAAAUGAAUUACAGUGUAACAGAAUUGUAUUUUCUCCAACGGUUGUGGGCAAGAAGACCUUUCUGCUAAAUCUGUUCAUAUGGCCUGCAGAAUGCCCCAGAACCAAAGACAUUACUAUCUGUUAUGAAAUAAAAGUUGUUGGCUAUGGAACAAUUGGUGAACUAGCAGUUGAUCCAGUAUAUACUAAUUUUGGUGAGGUCAUAGUUGGCUGUACUGCUCUUAAAGAUAUACUUUUGUAUAACCCAAAGAACUGUGACAUACACUUCAAACUUUUGCUCAAACAAACAAUGGAUGGAAUUGACUUACCAUUUGAAAAAUGCACAGCAAUACAGCUCAGUGAUCAAGAACUUGUUAUGGCUGCGAAAUCAAAACAAAUCCUCACCGUAGUCGUUGUGCCGCCUGCCCAUGGAACAUUUCAGUUUACCAUUUCUUACAAACUCAUACUCAACGAAGAUGCCAUUCAAGACCCAAGUGCCUUAGAAUACAAGCAUUUAUGCCAUCUCUUGAUGACCGGUGUAUAUCCACUAGUUACUAUAACUGACAUCCAGGGAAGACAAAGUGCCAGAGGAAUCAGAAAAAGGCGACUGUGGAAUUCAUUUUCUAUUGACUGCUUCAAUUCUUAUUUGCACUCGGAUCCAUCUUACCGGGAACUCAACUACUCUGCAGAACACCAAAAAACAACGGACAAAUUUCCAAAAUUCGAUACUGAAGCUGUUGUUGAUUUCGACUUUGCUGCAGCUGCGAUUGGAAGUCCCUCUUCAGAUUUCACCAUUAAGUUCCAGAAUGAUGGUAUCAUUCCAGCUGAAUGGGAUUUCCUUUUUCCUGAUGACCUGACCAUGGAAUUGGAGCCCUGGGCUGAUACAGGACCAGCUAAUGAGGAAGAAUUUUGCCUGCAAAAGAUCUUGGAAGAGAAUAUCUUUACAGUAAAUCCAAAGAAAAGUGUUGUCCUGCCCGGUGAGUCAACGGAUGUUACUCUAUCUUACAACCAUACUCACCUCGGAACUUACCGUCUUCCAGUGCUAUUCAAGAUGAAACACGGUAGAGAGAUCCUUAUGCUUUUCGUUGGCGUAACAGUAGAAGUCAACAUGCCGUACAUACAUUUCAACUCUCUUCAGCAUACUUUCUCCCCUAUGGCAAUUGGAACGGAAUUUCAACCUAAACAGAUUUACGAAUUGUAUAAUGGUGGAGCAGUAACCGUCAACUAUACAGUUGAGGUUGCGCCUCUAAGGCUACUUAAAGCGCUAAACUUUAAUUAUCCAAUACUUGUCUGCAAUAAUCCCACGGGUGAGAUCGAACCAGGUGGAACAGCAAUUUUGGAAUGGAUUUUCUCUCCUCUGGAAAGUAAAACAUAUGCAGUUGAUAUACCAAUUUACUUGGAAGGGGGAGAGACAGUUCUGGUGAAUUUUGUCGGUCUAGGUUACGAUUCCAAUAGAAUGGGCAGUGCUAUGCCAUAUUCAGCAGUAUGUGAUGUUUCGACCCCUGAGAAGCAGUUGAUCAAAUUGCCAGAUCAGUUCGUGUUUCUAUCUCUCCAGAAAAUCGCAUUUGGCAACGUUCCUCUCUUCUCAAUGUCAAGACGGAUUUUGUUUGCAAACAACUAUAGUUCUGAACGGAACGCAACUUUAGAAUGGCAUCUCAGCAAUGAAGUUGAUGAGGAGGUUAUAACCGUAAUUCCCAGGAAGUAUUUGCUGAGACCAAAUGAAAGUGUGCUAUUCCAGGUCCUAUUCGUAGACCGAAGCUCGCCUGCAUUCUAUGAAAUUCAGCUUGUCUGUAAGAUAACCGAUGAAACCGAAGUGCGAAGAUACAAACUCGAACUUAAGCAGUGGACGUUGGAGCAUGAAAGACAGCAAACUGAGUUCAAAAUUACAGAGAAUAACCUCGACAUGUACACUCCCGAUCUAGAUAAUGACGAGCUGUACGUCAGCAGUAAAAGACUGAAAAAUCUAUUGUCGCCGCUUCAAGACUUCCCUGGUGAUUUGAUGGCGAAAUAUAGUACCUUGCCACCAAUUGGUCAAAACAGAGAAACUAACCAAUUAAGUACGAAAAGUUACACAAAAUCUGAAACAUUACUUUGGAAAAAACCAGUGAUGCCGGCUUGUUUGGAACUGCCAGUAUCAAUUUCUGCCCGGACAUUAAGCCCUGAAGGGUACGAAAUUCUUUAUCAGAAAGAUUACCGAAGAUUUUUGAUAAACAAAACCCAUUACAUUUCCUCAAAGACAUCAUCGGAAGAAACCAGACGAGAUUCGAAGCAAGAUGGCUAUAUCGAGAUGUGUCUGCAAAUAGAAAAAGAGACAACGUGUAGGAUUCUCGUUGAUAUUUUAAGAGGUUUGCUCAGCGACUCUUAUUUCAUAGAAUCACUGCUUAAUAUGAAAAACGAGAAGGUCAAUUAUUAUCAACAGUUUGUUUCAAUGCCCCCACGAAGCAAUGAAAUCCGCUCUCAAGCAGUGGCGACAUCGCCAUAUCACGAGGUCGUGAAGAGCACAAAGCGAGAUCAUGUGGAUGGAGAAAUCGUAAAGAACCACGAGUCAAAAGAUUUCCGAGACAAAGACACACCAGAGAAGCCACCACAUGAUUUGGCAAGAAGUUAUACUACACCACUUUUGCCGGAAUGCUUCAACAUUUCCAAAGCGGAUAAAGAAUCAAGAGAAAAAUAUGCGAUACAACACCUUGUGGAAUUCAGCAAUUUCUUAGAAUUGUUUUUGGAUGGUUGUCUUUUUGGUAUUAUGGACGAAGCAAUGCGUCGAAAGUUCAACAUCACAGCACCAUCCCGUUUUAUUGCACUCCCUCGAAAACCAGAUUCUAACCAUGAGAAGAAUAGUGCCCAUGGAGACAAUCACCUGUCUGAGCACCCAAGUGACAUGACAUCAGUCAACCAGUGUCCAAAUAAUUUUAAAUAAACCAGUUUCUUAAGCAUAUAUCUAAAUCAUGAACCAGCCGUUAUAACUUGUUUAUAUAUUUUUCCUCUACAGGUUCUGUGGAUUCAUCUUUUUUAAAUGUCAUCAUUGAACGCUGAAUGUAUGCAUUUGUACCUUAUUGUUGUAAUUAUUGACAUUUGAAGUUCGGCAUUUAUUCGAGCAAAGUGAUAUAUUAUCUGAUAAA